UUAUUAUUAAUUUAUUUUAGAUCACAUCUCCUUCAUCUGAAUUCUCAUCACCUUCCUCCAGCAUUGCGACUAGCAGUUGCGAAAACACACCCACAACUGACACAGAAGCUUCUGCAGAUGAAACUGCAUGCAGCAGAAGAUUGUCUCCCUCUGCUCUGAAGGAAUUCAGGGGCUUAGCUAAACUAAUGCAUCCUUUCUCAAAUGCAUGCAAGCGAUCUUCACCUUUGCCAGAACUUGACUGGGCUGAACAGAAAGAAAUGUGGCAUUCUAUGGUUUUGAAAGAUUCUAUUUAUACAAGAAAUAACAAAGUCCUGAAAAGGCAUCCAGAUUUAGAACCUCGCAUGCGGUCGAUUUUAAUUGACUGGUUGUCUGAGGUUUGUGAAGUUUUCAGAAUUCACAGAGAAACAUUUCACCUGGCUAUUGAUUAUGUUGAUAGGUUUUUAAUGGCUAAAUCAAAUUUACCAAGAAAUUAUCUUCAGUUGCUGGGCGCAACGGCAUUAUUUGUAGCAUCUAAAAUGGAGGAGAUUUAUCCAGCUAAACUAGAGCAGUUUGCUUAUGUUACCGAUGGCGCAUGUGCAGAUACUGAUAUUCUAAAUCAAGAGCUCAUCUUGAUUAUGACACUUAACUGGAAUUUGUCACCUGUCACCAUGAAUUGCUGGUUGAAUAUAUUUAUGCAAUUGGCAUUUUUAGAAAAUGGAGAAAACUUAAUAGGUCCUGAAAGAUAUCCUCGAAAAUUGUUCUUACAAAUCAGUCAAGUCUUAGAUUUAUGUGUGUUGGAUAUUGAGAGUUUAAGGUUUCCCUACAGUGUUUUAUGUGCAUCUGCCAUUGCUCAUUUCAUAUCAAAAGAAACGGCCAUGCACGUCUCUGGUCUUUGUUGGAGUGAGCUUUUGCCAUGUGUUGCAUGGAUGAAACCCUAUGUUGAAGUAGCUGUUGAAAAUCAAGUUCCUGAUGUUAAACUUUUCCAUGAUAUUCCUGCUGAUGAUGCUCACAAUAUACAGACGCACACUGCUGGGCUUAAGCUUUUAGAUUUAGUUCAACAGAAAAAGAGGAUAGCGAAAAAUGAAACAAGCCCAAGUUUAGUAUUGAGAGAAAUGACUCCGCCACAAAGUAGUAAGAAACCUCACUUAAUGGUUAUUGAUGAGUAGUCUAUCUACUUUUUGGAUUUGUCAAAGAAAUCACCUUCAUGCUCUAAUAAGAAAAGAAGAAAAAAUUUUUAAAAAAAAUCUAGUCUUGAUCAGCACACUUCAUGGGGAAAAGUGCAAAUCUUCCGACAGAAGUUGACAAUACCCCUUUUUUAACGACUUCUCUUCCAUAUCAAGUUUUAUUGCCAAAUGAAUUUCAAAACUUUUUUUUUUUUUAAAUAUAUUUGUGUUUCUUAAGAAGUAAGACGAUGUGUAUCACAUAUCUCACCACUAGUGUUCAAAUUAUUCUAACUUAUCAUUGUUUACCAUUAGUGUUUAGCAUUUUAACAUCUUAAACGUAACUGCCAGUAUACAUUUUUAUACCUAUAUGCUUAAUUUUCUUUUAUUUUAAAAUUUUUUAUAUGUAUAUUUUUUAAAGAUUGUAUCAUGUAUCAAUCUAUAUCUCAUUACUCAUUUUGCUGUUAUAUUUUAAUAUUUUCCCCUGUGUUUGGGUCCUUAUUUAGAUCACUUUGUUUUCCCUAUGGUUGUUUUGUCAAUACAGGCUUGUGGUCUUUUUACUAUACUUUUGACUUAGAAGACAUUAAUUAGAUCUUUUGUUUGGAUUACUGUAUAGUUUUUUGGUAUGGAAUUUAAUCUGUUUACUUAUGCUUUACAUAAUGGUUUUUCAGCAUUGCUAAGGACAAUAUUGAAUUUAAUUUUGCUAUAAACUAGUUUAUUGUGUCACCAAUCUGACUUAUGUUACUUUUAUGUACGAUUAUUUAUUUUAUAUUUAUAAAAAUUCAUUCAAAUCCAAUUUUUAUUUAUUAGAUCUUGAAUUAGACUUGUGAAUUGUGCAUUUGUGUUGUCUUAACUUAUUCUUUAACUUAUUGGAAAUCUGACUUUACUCCAGUCUAUCAAUUAGCAUUUUUAACAGCAAUGCUUUUGUGAUUGCAAUUUGUCAAUUGAUAUAUAUUUAGCCACAAAAAUCUAAAGCCACUUUAAUACUUGAAUACUUAUUUAUAUAUAAAUAUAUAUAUAAAUGAAUUAGUCCAACAUUUUUUUUUUAUUACUGAGCAGGAAAUUGUGCUGUUGAAUGUUUAAUUUAAAUGCAUUACGAAAUUUAUUUUUGCUCAUAUUUACAAAACUUCAUAUAGCAUAGAGAGAUGAAUUUCCAUUCAUUUAAAUUGAUUUUUCAACAAUAUAUUAAGUUCUACAACAAUUUAAAUUAACUCUUCUUUCACAUAGUUAUUAAAGAUUAUUUAUAAUUUUUGUAGGGAUUAUGUUCUAUAUGAUUGUCGUAUCGGAAUAUUUUUUUUUUCUUUUCUUCCUCCCCUAUUUAUUUGAAAUAUUGAAGGUCGCUUUAUUGACUAUCUAGUUAGACUUGAUUACUCUAUAUAAUUGACUAAUAUUCGAAUGAAAUAAUACAAACUGUGAUAUAAAAUCAAAUCUAUGUAACCAUUUUAAAUAACAGCUAGAAUUAUUCGUAACAGGAUUAUAAAUUUUGUGUAAAGUAGUGAUUUUGCUAAUUUCCGCAUUCUGUAUAAGCUGCUAAUGAUUUAGUCCUUUACAUUCAAUCUCUGUCAUGUAUUGAUGUGCCAAUAUGAUAAAUACCAGUAAUAAUAUACUCUCACAAUCAUUUGUACAUUUUGUUGCAUUUUUUUUUUCAGCAUUGUGUAAUUGUAACAUAUUUGUAAAUAUAUUGUGUGAAACAUUUGCAAAAAUCAUUGCAAUCUGCAUGUAUUGAAGUUGUGCUAGAAGAGAAUGUACUGAAAAUUGUUUUUCUUGUUGACCUUUUGUAAUAAAGAUUUUUAUAAUA